AUGGGUCGCAAGCCUUUCCGCUCGCGCUACGGCCUGUCGGGCCCACAGCCGACCUUCGCGGCGCAGGGCAAGGCGCCGUCGAGCGGCUGGGGGGUCCGUCGCGCGGCGGCGGGCAAGGGGAGCGUGAGCAGGGAGGGCGCGUUCCCGGAGACCAAGGGGGCCAAGCUGGUGCUCAGCAGCGAUGUCGAGCUUGACUCGGAUGGCGACCCUCUGCCUCGCAAGCGUCGCCGCGUCACGGCCGCCACCUCCGCCGCACAGCUCGCCCGCUCGACUGCUGCCGAGACCCGCGUCCUCAACCCCGCCCCUCUCGCCCUCGACCUCCUCGACUCGUCCGACCUCGACGUCAAAGCCGUCGCCUCGGCGCACGAGUCCGACCUCGAGCCCGACUCGGACGACCCCGACCGCGACUCGACCCGCGUCGCUCGCGCCAAGGCGGCCAAGCGCACCGUCGCAGCCGCUCCUGUCGCCGGCCCGUCUCGCGACCGCGCCGACGACCUGCAGAGCGAGAUGCGCCGCCUGCGCGCCGAGGCGGCCGCGCGCCGCAUCGAGCGCAGCAAGGUCGUCGAGGUGCUCGACUCGGACGACGAGGAGCGCGCGGCCGAGGCCGAGCAGGAGCGCCUCGCGGCGGGCCCGAACCUCGUGCGCGCGCCGGCGGCGAGGGCGGCGGGCGGCACGGCAGCGGCGGGCGCGGUCAAGGGCAAGGGCAAGGGCAAGGGCAAGAAGGGCAAGAAGGGUGGGCAGGCCAAGGGGCGCACGCUCGACGAGCCGAGCGACGAGGACGACGACGCGGCGCUCAAGGACCUCGAGGCGUUCCGCCGCAAGAAGCAGGUUGGCGGCGGUGCUGCCGCUCCUCGCGCCUCGACGAGCAGGGCCAAGGGCAAGAGCAAGGUCAAGGAGCGCGUCGCCCUGUUCAACCCGGCGUCGGACGACGACGACCUCGAUCGCGACAGCGACGACUCGCUCCCCUCCCUCGCCACCCUCGUGCAGCGCUCCGACCCUCGCCCGGCUCCUUGCGCCCGCCAACAGCCCCAUCCCUCGACCUCGACCUCGAAGCACAUGGACGCCCGUGCUCAGCGUCGUGCGCGCACCUCGGGCCGGAGCGCCAGCGCCUUCAUCAACGACUCGGACGACGAGCGCGAGGCAGACAGGUGGGGCGGCGGGACCGUCAUCGCGACGGGCGGGAGCGGUAGCGGGACGUUCCGCCUGCGUGGGGCGCGACGCGGCGGCGGCAGGCGGCUCGAGGAGGAGGCCGAGGAGGAGCAGGAGCAGGAGCAGGACGCCUUGUUGCCACCGCCUCGUCGUCGUCGCGCGCGCUCGGGCUCCGAUUCGCCGCCGCCUCAAGCGCUGCCGCCGACGCAGGACUACUCGCACCUCGGCAUCGCGUCCUUUGUCGACCCUCGUGCGGCGCUCGCUCGUCGCAAGAUGCGCGAGGAGAUGUCGAGCCCGCCGACGUCGGCCUUCUCGUCGUCGGACGGCGAGGGCGAGGGCGACGACGACGACGACUCGAGCGCGGCCAAGAGCAGGAGGAAGAAGAAGAAGGGCGGGGCGGACGCGUUCGUCGAGCUCGACAAGCACAUGAAGAGGAGGAAGAGGCAGUUCAGGGACGAGCGGCGGCCGGGCUACUCGAACCCGAGGAGGAACUGAGCGAGGUGGGCGUACGCUUGUCGAGGGCCGCUUGUCGAGGUCGCAGUCAGCUUUUCUUGAGGUGCUCGACGAGCUCGAGCCCUCUCUGUGUCAUGUCCAAUCGUUCUUCGUGCG